GUUGCUGAACGCCAGGCUUGCCGUGGGGCAUCGUGGUACUUACUAGGAUGUAAUGACAGGCGAGCCGGAGAUCUCUGCACGAAGACCACUUGCAUCUUAUUCUUCAAUCACCUCAAGGCGAUUGGCCCUGGAGAAGAUGAAGCCACUGCUUUGCUUUGGCUGGCACAUAAGACUGAGGCAGCCAAGAUACUGUGCAGUUCCUUAACAGAUGGAAAUAUUUGGUUGGGUACCCGUGGACUGACGCCAAAUUCAACAUCACCUUGGCACUGGGUCAGCUGCUUGGAAUUACGAGACAAUUCUGCACAAACGCCCCUGCUCCACCCAGUGAAGCAGCAGACUGGUAAGAACGGGGCAGAGUGCAGAAGGCUGGAGAAUGGAACAGCGGAGGGCUGGGAGCCUUGAGCCAUUGUAAAGGCUUCUGUUUUUUAUCUCCCGUGCCUUACAAGAAGCGGCCAUGUCGGUGUGGCUUACAGCUGUCACGUUCACCUUGCUGCUGUGCGGCGGUGCGCACGGACAAUGGGGCUGGUGGCAUAAGCUGUGGGGCUCGGACCAAACAACGGAGGCUUCUACCCCGCCGAUGCCAGGGACCACCCGGGCACCCGCCAGCCACCUGGCGGAGACCGCAGUGGGGCAGGGGAAUCAGGCCGCCACCGCGUCGGAGCGAGCCGGCGGAACCGAGGCGGUGGCAGCCAGUGUCUGGCCAACACGGCCUCUCCCAGUGCGCUCCGAUCGGCUGGCCCCUGCGCCGGCCAACACCUUGGACAGAUCCAGGACUUCCAGCUGGCCCUCACCCAGGAACCUGUCAGAGGAAAGAUCCGACAAUCGUAUUGACCUGACUGGGUUGAUCGGAGUCCCUCUACCUCCAUCAGUUGCUUUCGUCACCGGGUAUGAUGGCUUUCCGGCAUACAUGUUUGGGUCAGAAGCAAACAUUGGUCGACUGACAAAGACCAUGAUACCUCAGUACUUCCACCGAGACUUUUCCAUCCUCGUGACCAUUAAGCCGGCUAGUGACGACGGUGGGGUGCUGUUUGCAAUCACUAAUUCCUUCCAGAAUAUCAUUUACCUGGGAGUUAGGCUCACCGCAGUCCUGGACAGCAGCCAGCAGAUAGUGCUGUACUACACUGAAUCAGGCUCACAGACCUCCCAGGAGGUUGCCUCAUUUCAGGUCUCAUCGAUGACGGACAAGUGGGCUCGGUUUGCAUUGUCCAUUGAGGGGGACCUUGUCACGUUGUACCUGGACUGUGACGAGCACGAGCAGCACCACUUCGUAAGGUCACCUCAGCCGUUACAUUUCGAGUCAAGUUCAGGAAUUUUCAUUGGGAAUGCCGGAGCGACAGGGCUGACCAAGUUUAUAGGGUCAAUCCAAGAGCUGACAAUUAAAUCGGACCCUCAAGCUAGUGAGGAGCAAUGUUAUGAAGCUGAUCCAGAUGGACCUUCAGGAGAUGCCAGCGGCGACGGCAGUGGAGAUGCCAGUGGAAGGUAUAUUCAUCAGGAACAAGGAGGAGUUAAACUCCAAUAUGAAUACAUGUCUCCUCAGCCUGAAGUUCACGCACCUCUCAUGGAUCCAACACCGAUUCAGCCCCCCGAUGACGUUAUUGUCACCACGGAGAUGGAGACCUCCUCCGGUCUACCUGAUACCAGCUUCCAGGAGACAAUCACAUCUGGCAUUUCUGGGGAGAGGCCCCCGGAGGAGGGGGAAGACUUUGAAAUACCAGAGCAAGCUCCCAGCCUGAGCGCUGUGAAGGAUGGCCUGACUCUGUUGGAACCCAAAGGAGAAGCUGGAUCUGGAAGCGAAAGUCUUCACCAUGACAAAGGCACCAAGGAUGAAGACAUAGUGACAUUGCCUGGGGUCAAGGGUCAGAAGGGUGAACCAGGAAUCCCUGGAGCUGCUGGCCAUCCCUGGAUUCCCUGGACCCCCAAGAACGGUCAUCCUGCUGAAUUUGGCCCACGAGGACCAGCUGGUCCCCCCGGUCCACCUGGAAAAGAUGGAAAAGUGGGGGUCCCUGGAAAAGAUGGACUGUCUGGUAAACAAGGGUUGCAGGGAUUUAAAGGAACUAAAGGUGAUCCAGGCCUCAAGGGAGAGAAGGGCAACCCAGGGUUCGCUGGUUCACCAGGACCUCCUGGCCUGCCGGGACCACCUGGACCACCUGGCCCACCGCCAAGGCUCACGAAGCUCAUCGAUGCUGAUGGUUCUGGACUAGAUGACAGUGACCUCGCCAGGGAGACGAUUCAGUGUCCUCCAGGACCGCCAGGCCCCCCCGGUUUGCCGGGACUGCCAGGAAUCCCAGCUCCGCCUGAAGCCGAGAACCCAAGCCUCGUUGGUGCCCCGGGUCCACGCGGUCCUCCUGGUUAUCCUGGACAAGACGGAGGUUCGGGUCAGCCAGGUCCAAUAGGAUCUCCAGGAGUGGAUGGGACUUCUGGCAAACCAGGAUCCAAAGGGCAAAAGGGUGAUCAAGGUCCAAUUGGCAAGCCAGGACUACCGGGAGCAAAGGGAGAGGUCGGAGAGAGCGGUUUGCCAGGACCUCCAGGAUUCCCAGGGCUGCUUGGUCCGCCUGGACCUCCAGGACCUCCUGGGCCAGCCGGUGGUGGUCCUGACUUUGGAUUUGAGGAUAUGGAAAGUUCUGGUGAAUUUGGAUCCCUGGGCAUACCUGGAAAACCUGGACUUCCUGGACCUCAGGGUCCCCCAGGCGAAAGAGGUAAACAGGGCUCUCCAGGUGAAAUGGGCUCUCCUGGUCUUCCUGGGUCACCUGGACAAGCUGGAUUACCUGGACCCAUGGGACCGAAAGGUGCGAAAGGUGACCAAGGAACAAAGGGUGAACGUGGCCGAGACGGCGUCAGUAUACCAGGACCGCCUGGCCCUCCAGGAGCCAUUAUGACGCUGCACGAGUUGCUGGGGAACAACACUGAGGAAGUUCUAAAGAUGAAUGGAAUCCAGCUACCACCUCGACCUUCUGGCCCCAGAGGACCCAAGGGUGACCUUGGUAUUCCUGGAUUUCCCGGAGUAAAGGGUGAAAAGGGUGAGCCUGGAGGUAUUUUGGCCACAGAUACCUCAAUGCUGGCCUUGUCAGUAAAAGGUGAAAAGGGUCAACGUGGCCCGCAAGGACCCUCUGGGCCUCUGGGGCCGAUGGGGCAUCAAGGGCCAAAAGGAGAGCUUGGUUUUCCAGGCAGACAUGGUCGCCCAGGCAUAAAUGGUAGAAAGGGUCAGAAAGGUGAACCAGCAUUAACUCCCGUGAGCCCUGUUGGGUCUCCUGGACCUCCAGGUCCUCCAGGUCCUCCGGGAAUUCCAGGACAUCCUGGUCGGAUUCUCAACAUAAAAGGAACAGUUUUUCCAGUUCCUCCCAGGCCGCACUGCAAAAUGCCCAUAAAUGGUCAAUUUCAACAAGAAGGGGAUGUCAACUGUCUGGGCGUGAAGGGGGAGAAAGGUUCCUUUGGAGCAAGUGGACCAAAAGGCGGUAAAGGUGAAAAGGGGGAGCAGGGGCCCCCAGGACUGCCAGGUCCCUAUUCACCAUAUAUCAGCGUGAAGGGUGAAAAAGGAGACAGAGGAGCAUUGGGUCAGAAAGGGGAGAAGGGAGAAUCAGGUAGCAGCCUGUUCUUGCCUGGUAUGCCAGGACCUCCAGGUCCCAUGGGACCUCAUGGGAGACCUGGGCCGGUGGGACCCAAGGGUGCAUCUGUGGUAGGGCCAAUGGGACCGCCGGGAAUACCAGGUCUGCCAGGUCCUCCAGGAUAUGGAAUUGUGGGUCCGCCAGGACGCCCUGGACCUCCAGGACCUCCAGGAAUGCCGGGUGCUUUUGGAUCAGCCUUCGCCCUCCCUGGACCCCCGGGACCUGCAGGACCACCAGGACAAGGAGGUAACGGUGGCGUGGUAACGGUCUACAGGAACAUGGAACUAAUGCACAAGGCGACCUUCUCUGUGCCAGAAGGCACCCUGGGCUACGUUGCAGACAGGAAUGACCUUUACAUCCGAGUCUACAAAGGCUGGAGAAAGCUCCAACUUGGUGACUUGAUUCCCGCUCCUGCCGAUGACCCCUUUCAGGCAGCAAGCACUUACUCGGCACCAAACACAUUCCCAGCCAUAAACGAUCACAAGCCAGGAUUGCACUUGGUGGCUUUGAACACUCCGCUGUCCGGGAACAUGCAAGGAAUCCGUGGGGCGGAUCUUCAGUGCUUCCAGCAAGCUCAAGCCAUGGGAUCUUUGGCCACCUACCGAGCUUUCCUGUCCUCUCAGCUGCAAGAUUUGUACACAGUGGUGAGGAAAGCAGACAGGUUAAACAUGCCAGUCGUCAACCUGAAGGGAGAAGUGCUUUUUGAUAGUUGGGAAUCCAUCUUUAAACACCAUGCUACUUUCAACACCAACGUCCCUAUCUUCUCCUUCGAUGGAAGAAACAUCAUGAAGGAUUCUUCCUGGCCCCACAAAAUAAUCUGGCACGGAUCCAGUGAAAGAGGCAGCCGCGUCCCUACCAAUUACUGCGGGGCAUGGCGCUCGAUGGACAUGAGCCUCACCGGCAACGCCUCGCCGCUCUUUCGCGGGAGGCUCCUCGCCCAGCACUCGUACAACUGCGCAAACAGCUUCAUCGUUCUUUGCAUCGAGAACAGCUACUUCCAUGAUCACAGAAGGAGAAAGUGAUGGCCUGCACCUGCACGGGAAAGCUCGGGAAUUACAGCAGGCUCAUCGCCAAAAGUGGCACAUUUUUACUUCUAACAAAAUAUAUCCAAGUGGGACAAUGUAAAUAGUGCUUUCUGAUGAGAUCGGCCAUUGGCAAUAAAUGGUAGCCAAAGAUGACAUACCUCAAAAAUCUGCAUGAGUUGUCUUUUUAGUAGCAAAACCAACCCUAUUGGAUCUAAGGAACUGAUCUCACACAGCUUCUCAAUCGUUGGUGCUAGUGAAAAGUAAUUGAGAUGGGACUGCUGUUAAAAUGCCAUAUUUAUAACCGCUAUUAACCCCACUUGUGCAAAUUACAAUUUAGCCAGUUUGGUAAAUGGGAAGAUUUGCUGAGCAUUGGCUGGCCACUGUGUACAAGUUCAAGUCUACGGCUAUUCAACGGUAGACAUGUAUACAGCUAAACAAAACAAUGUUUCUCUGCAACUAAGGUGCAAAACACAGUACAUGUAUCGUAUCUAUUAGCUAAGUAUGAGUUUCCAGCCAUUGGAGUGCACUGCAGUUUCCUUUCACAUGGAAUCUCUUUGAAUCCAGCCUCCGCAAGGAAGGACCUUUCCUCCUUCUCCCCCUCCAAAAAAAGCCCGCAGCGAAUAGAAAUUAAUUCUUGUUCUUUAAAUCCGCCAUCGCCGUUGCCGAGCAGUACAACAACUCUUUAAAGUAACGAUCAGUGUACACCUAUGCACUGUUUUUACUAAACUAUCCAUAAUGUUAUUCCAUUUCAAUAUCUCAAUGUUCAUAGACGUGCAUUUUCUGUACAAGAAAACCCAGAGCAGCACACAUAAGAGGCUGAAGGAGCUCAGCAGAUCAUGUAGCCUCUAUUGCAAGGGUUCCCAACCCUUUUUACACCAUGGACCAAUCCCAUUACACAAGGGGUCCGUGGAGCCCUGAUCUAUUGUCUUCCCCCUAUGUUGUUUCAGUGGGAGGAAGAAUAUCCCACACCCAAAGGCUUUACUAGCCCCAAAGUAUCAGCUGGAAGUUCAAAGGGAACUGGUUUUAUUUCCUGAAGACUGGUUCUUAUUUCAGUGAAACCACAGUUACUGUAUUGAUACUAUCAUAACCCCAGACUGAUCCGUAACACCUACCUUACCAGGUAGCAAGUGGCCGGCAGAUGGAGUUUUCCCAGUGGUAGGAAUACCCUGUUGUUUGGUUCGUUAACUUGAUACAGGAUGCAAUCCUCCUGCUAACAGCCAAUUUAAACACAGUUCCCCCACCACCAUUCCACAAAACGGCGCAGAGGAAGUUUCAGAACCGGAUAUGGAACAGUACAGCACAGGAACAGGCCUUUCAGCCCACAGUGUGUGGAAUAUUGAAAAGUAAAUCAAAACCCUCCCCAAAUACUAAUCCCUCCGACCUACACGAUGUCCAUAUCCCUCCAUCUUCCUGAUAUUCAUGUGCUUAUCUAAAGGUCUCUCAAAGUCCUCUAAUAUAUCUGCCUCUCCCACCAUACCAGGCAGCACAUUCCAGAUAUCCACCACUUUUUGAGUAAAAACUUACCCCUCACAUCCCCUUUGAACCUACCCCCCAUCACCUUCACUGUAUGCUCUCUGGUAUUAGAGAUUCCUACCUUGGGAAACAGACACUCCCUGUCCACUCUAUCUGUGCCUCUCAUAAUCUUAUAAACGUCUGUCAGAUCUCCCCUCAUCCUCCACCGUUCCAGCUAAAACAGCCCAAGUUUAUCCAGCCUCUUGUGAUAGCACAUGCUCUCUAAACCAGGCAUCAGCCUGGUGAACCUCUCCUGCACCCUCUCCAAAGCCCCAACAUCCUUCCUGUUGCGGGCCAACCAGAACUGUGUGCAAAACUCCAGAUGUGGCCUAACCAGAGUUCUAUGAAGUAGCAACAUAACCUCUUGAGUAGAUCAUGUUUAAAGACUUGGAACUUUUAAAUGGCAGCUUUUCAGCACAAUCACUCCCGCCGCAGAUUUAGCCAAUUUACACUGAAGAUCAAGUCCACUGACACUGCAACUGUAGUCCAUUCACGUCACAUUACCCCCUCUACAAUGCAGUUAGUCACUUUACGCUGCAGGUUUAGUCAAUAAAUUCCCUCUGUGCCAUCUGUGUACUGCGCAAAUUUGUGUACAAUACAGAAUUUUAACAGAUCUUGUCCAGGUUCAUGGCACUCACUUUCCACACUGAAUCAAUUUACCACACUGAUUUAGGUUGUUUACGGUGGAAUAUUACAAUGCAGAAUUAGAUAAAUUUCACAUUUCACAAUCCUGAAGCAUUCCAUUUCGACUGUGGGUUAUGUCCAUUCAGUGCAACUCAGUUACCACACCAGUGAAGUAAUAUUUGCAUAGAGCAACGAUUUUAUAAUAUAUGAACCAAAUGUCUAAAUCAGAUUGUAUUGAAAUGAAGGAUGUUUCACAUGCUGAAUAAAA